UACUGACUUCACUUUGUUUAUCGACUGUGUGGGACUUGGGGGCAAGUGAUCGUUCCUGGGUGAGUACAUCUGACAAUGUGUUCAACCUGCUGGUCAUUUCUCACGGAUGCACUUGCACUACAGCUGCUGUGCAACCUGUACAACUACCACUCCAUCUGGCACAGGACAUGAACUUAUCAUCUGAUCUGCGCAGAGACUUACCCCGACUUCAAAGCUUUUUAGCUCUGCAUAAUCACCUCACGUUCAGUGAGAAAUCCUGCUUGGCUUCAGCAUGUAAUGUUACUAAGCAGAGAUUGUUGAUUGUCUUAUUAUUACUUUUAUCUGGUAACGUGCAACCUAACCCUGGCCCUGAGCUGCAGUGUAUCCAGACACCAUCUGAUUUUAUAUCCUUGUCUAGUCUUAAAAUUGUUCAUCUUAAUGUGCGCAGCUUGUUAACUAAGAUGGACAUGGUCAGGAUUUGGGUUAAAUCAACAGAUGCAGAUAUUGUUAUUAUUUCGGAAACUUGGCUGUCCAAAUCUAUUGCUAAUGAAGAUAUUAACGUGGUUGGAUACAAUGUUUAUCGAACAGACAGGCCAAAGAAAGGUGGCGGUGUUGCCAUCUAUAUCAAAUCAAAAUUUGAUGCUUGCAUAGUUCUGUCUGAAUCCAUCUGCAAACAACUGGAAUUUUUGGCACUGAAUGUGGAAAUCAUUAAAGGCCUUUGUAUAACUGUUGUUGGGUGCUACAGACCUCCAUCAGCCUCCAAGGAAGCGUUACAAUCUUUGAAGCAUCUUUUGUCAAGACUGAAUUAUAGUGAACUUGUUUUAGGUGGUGAUUUGAAUUGGGAUUGGCUUAAGCCAGUUUCUGAUGAUUUUAAAUCUUUGUGUGACUCUAAUAAUUUUACCCAGUUGGUCAAUUCACCCACUCGGCCAAACCUCAAAAGCCCUGAGAAGUCCACCUUGAUUGAUUUAAUUUUGACAAAUGUUCCUCAUAAAUUCUCUUCUCUGGGUGUGUUCUGCAAUGACUUAAGCGAUCACUGUGCUGUUGCUGCUAUUAGAAACAUUAAGAUGCCCAAAUCAAAGUCUCGUAUUAUUUAUAAGAGGAACCUUAAACUUUUUAAUGAGCAAGCCUAUCAUCACGAUUUGUCUAAUUUUGAUUGGAAAAAAAUAGGUUUGAUCCCCUGAUGAAGAGUUAGCUUGGACAUUCUUUAGGGAUGGUUUUAUGCAAAUUGUGAAUAAACAUGCCCCUAUUAGGAGAUUUAGGGUAAAGGGGCGAGAAAACCCCUGGUUCUCUCCAGUGCUGGCAGAAAAUAUUUAUGAGCAUAACCUGGCUUGGGCCAAGGCAAGGAAAACAGGUUCUCCUAAUGAUUGGCUUGUUUUCAGACAAUUGAGAAACAAAUGCUCUUCUUUUAUCAAGAAAGCCAAAUCUGAAUAUUAUUUGUCUGUCACCACUGAGAACCUAAAUGAUCCACGGAAAUUUUGGAAAGUUAUUAAUUCUCUUUCUGUGAGUAAAAGCAGUCAAGCUCUACCUACAUAUGUUUUAAAGGAUUCUGUCCCUGUCUAUGACAAAAUGGAGGUAUUGAAUUGUUUUAACAAGCAUUUUAUAUCUCCGGUUCUCUAUUUGAUUCUGUGGGACAAUGUAUAGUGGUCAGCCUUUCAACUUUGUACCCUUCUCUGUUCAAGAAGUUCAUAAAGCCCUUAAAGAUUUAGAUCCCAGAAAAUCCUCUGGACCUGAUUUAAUCGAUCCUUACUUUUUGAACCUGGCAGCUGAUUUUGUGGCAGAGCCUCUUGCACUCCUUUUUAAUCUUACAGUGGAGAAGAAUGAGAUUCCCUCUGGAUGGAAAUCUGCUUUUGUUCUCCCUUUAUUAAAAGGGGGUGACCCAGCAAUUUUAACUAAUUAUAGACCAAUAUCUAAUUUAUCAGUGCUGGCCAAAGUUCUUGAAGCUCUUGUGAAUGAGCAAGUUAAGAUGUUUUUACAUUCUAACACCAUUUUAUCGAAAUAUCAAUCAGGCUUCAGGAAAAAGCAUAGUACCAUUACAGCUGCAAUGAAGGUGGUAAAUGACAUUUCUGUUGCACUUGACAAGAAACAACAUUGUGCAUCUCUUUUUAUUGAUUUGUCAAAAGCGUUUGACACAGUUGACCACAAUAUUUUAAAACUCAGACUCUUGCAAUCAGGACUCUCAGAGCAAGCAGUUACUUGGUUCACCAACUAUCUCAGUAAUAGAACUCAGUGCAUUAAAUAUGAUGGCCUGUGUUCUGAUAUUCUUACUGUCCACAAGGGGGUGCCGCAGGGAUCUGUAUUAGGUCCCCUUUUAUUCAUUAUUUAUAUCAAUGAUUUGGGUAUAAAUGUGACAAAUGCUAAUUUGCAUUUCUAUGCUGAUGACACAAUUAUUUACUGCUGUGGAUCAGCUCUUGUUCAGGCCAUUGAAUCCCUGCAGAAAGCCUUUGUUGCUGUCCAGCAUUCAUUACUUCAGCUGAAACUUGUUCUCAAUGCAGACAAGACUAAGCUUAUGCUGUUCUCUAAUUCUAGGAAGAGGCCACAAAUUAUCCCCUCAGUGACCACUCUUGAGGGAAAUGAAAUAGAGGUGGUUCACGAGUAUAAAUACCUGGAUGUUUUGAUUGAUGCCUCCCUCACUUUCAAGCCGCAUAUAGAGAAACUUGUGAAGGAGCUGAGGAUAAAACUGGGUUUUUACUUUCGAAAUAAGCUAUGUUUUUCUUUUAAUGCAAAAAAGCGACUUGUUGCUGCUACCUUUUUACCAGUGUUGGAUUAUGGAGAUCGUUUAUAUAUGAAUGCGUCUGCUAAAUGUCUUCAUAUGGUUGACACUGUCUAUCACGCUUCUCUGAGGUUCAUUACUAAUUGUAAACCAUUGACACACCACUGUGAGUUAUACUCUCGGGUUGGAUGGGCUGCUCUGGCCACCCGAAGGCUCAGUCAUUGGUAUACUUUUAUAUAUAAGGCAUUACUUGGUCUACUGCCUUCCUACAUUUGUUCCUUAACUGCACAGAGAAGUGCUGGUCCUUACUCCUUUCGUUCGCAAGACUACUUGUUGCUUUCUGUUCCAUAUGCCCGUACUGAAUUGGGUAAAAAGGCUUUUGUCUACUCUGCACCUUCAGCAUGGAAUAUGUUGCAAAAUGACUGGAAACUAACAGGGUUAAUUUCUUUGAGCGCCUUUAAAUCCAAACUAAGAAUACUUGAGGCCGACUCCACUACAUGUACUUGUUUUUCAUAAUCUGCUUGUAAAUUCAAUACUAUUUGUUUGUGUUUUAUCUGUGUAAUUUGUAACUGUGUUUCAUACUUGCUGCUGCCUAUCUUGGCCAGGUCUCCCUUGAAAAAGAGGUUGUUAAUCUCAAUGGGAUCUUCCUGGUUAAAUAAAGGUUAAUAAUAAGGACAGAGGGUCCAAGGACAGAGGGUCAGAGGGUUUGAGGACAGAGGGUCUGAGGACAGAGGGUCAGAGGACAGAGGGUCAGAGGGUUUGAGGACAGAGGGUCUGAGGACAGAGGGUCAGAGGACAGAG